AUGUCUUUUCGCGUGCUGCUUUCGCGCGCGCUGACCUUCCUCGUCCCGCUCACCGUCGCCGCUACCGUCUACCUCUACCUCUACCCCGUUUUCAAUGGCUGUGCAUUUCCUUUGCCCCAGCCCCAUACCGCAGACACCAAUGGCUCAAGCUUGGGCAGUCCCCAGCAGAAUGCCGUGAUCAACACCGUCCUCCAGCACCUCGGAGUCUCGGCGCCCGCAGCGGAGGACCAACCCGCCAUCUUCAGACUCCUCGUUCUCGCAGACCCCCAAUUGGAAGGAGACACCUCUCUCCCGUUCCCCGAAUAUGAGCUGAUCCCACGUGUGCGCUCGCACUGGCGUGCGGUCCAAGAAGCCGCCAGCAAAGCAUCCACAACCACCCAGCCCCCACCACUCUCGCUCCUGGAUCACGACGUCCUCGCCAGUGUCGGUGCCGGGCUCUACUCCUUGUUUUGGGACGACGUGCCUCGUGCCUUGCGCUCGUUCCAGAAACGGGUCGAUCUGCUCGGCAACGACUAUUACCUUGCGCACAUCUACCGCACACUGUUCUGGUGGACACGGCCCACGCACACCACCGUGCUGGGCGAUCUGGUCGGCAGCCAGUGGAUAAAUGACGAGGAGUUUGCGUGGCGGGGACAGCGGUAUUGGGAGCGGGUGUUUCGGGGUGGUCAGCGCGUGGACGACGCACUCACGCGGACCGGUGCUGUGCGUGACGGCCAAUCCGGGGAUGAUGCACCCCUCGAAGCGCUUGGCCCCAGUGCAGACCCGGCCUGGCCACGACGGUUGAUCAACAUCGUUGGCAACCAUGACAUCGGGUAUGCCGGCGACGUGAGCGAGGCGCGCAUGGAACGCUUCGAGCGCGUGUUCGGCCGUGCUAACUGGGAUGUGCGGUUCCAGCACCCUCCGGUGUCCCGGCGGACUCAUGUCUCGGACACGGAAACCGGUGGUCCUGUAUCGGCGGCCGAGGAUCAAACCAUUACGCCUACCUUGCAUCUGAUCAACCUCAACUCUCUUACCCUCGACGGCCCCGCGCUGUCUCCUGCAAUCCAGGCCCACACCUACACAUACCUCAACGACCUGAUCAGCAGCCGUCUAUCUCCGGUAGAAGACCGGUCGACCUUCACGCUGCUCCUCACACAUGUGCCCCUGCACAAGGAGGACGGCAUCUGUGCCGACGGACCGUAUGCCACGUACCAUGAGUCCGACGACAAAAAGGGCGACAACGGGACUCCGCGCUGGACCGAGGGCGGUCUGCGCGAACAGAACCAUCUGAGCGACUAUGCCAGCGGCACCGGGAUCUUGCAGGGCCUCUUCGGGAUGAGCGGCGACUCUAACGUGCCCGGUGGAGGCUGGGGCCGAAACGGGCUGAUCCUCACAGGCCAUGACCACGUCGGCUGUGAUGCAGUGCAUUUCGUUGACCACGACCCAUUGCAGGGACAAGAGAAAGACAGCGGCGAUAGCAAUGCGGAAACUCCUUCCUCGCAGGCGUGGCAAUGGGCCGCCAGAUGCUACAAUGAUAACCAGCACACACAAACUAAGGCCUCGCCCUCGAUCCGCGAAGUGACCCUCCGCUCGAUGAUGGGCGAGUUCGGCGGCAAUGCCGGCCUGCUGUCGGCUUGGUUUGAUCCUGCUCUGGCCGAGUGGCGCUACGAGAUCACCAUGUGCCCCGCCGGCGUGCAGCAUAUAUGGUGGGCGGUGCAUGUGCUUAUCUUGGUGACGCUGAUCGUGGCUCUGCUCUGGUUUAUCGCUGGACAGUUUACAGCUCGUGGGUCUUCGUCGAAGGGAGCGCCUGUGUCUUCGAAAUCUGCGAAGUUCACUGGCAAGGAGCAGUCGAAUCGAGCCUCUGGGGGACGGUCUGAGAAAAAGCCCAAGGCUCGUCGGGAGCAGGCCCUGAAAAAAUAA